CCGUCUCCAGGGUCAACAUCUCCGGUGCCUGAUUGACGGCUCUCGGACUGUACAAUAAAAGGCUCAGGUUUAAUAUUGUUCCUAGUUGCACCUCGGUUCUAUGGGGGGACAAACUAGCGCCGCGGAACCGAGAACGGCCUUUUUUCAGGGCCCACAUAUUCGGGGGGAUUUUAGGUUUCGCGAAUUGCACAACAUGUUGCCGCUCUUCAGGUAGCGCGCAACAUGUUGCCGCUUUUCGUUGGAAAGGGCAUGUGUCUCCAUGAGAAAUGCACCCACAGCGCUUCUGGCUCUGGAUGCUUCGGCUGAUGCCGGGCGCCACUAAUGUAGUAAGUAACGGGGCUUGUUAAACAGACUCGCUACAAAUAUUGGCGCCGGCGGCGGCCUCCUGUGAAGCCGACCUUUUCGAUUUGCGUUUGCCCUCCAUGCACGUGCAAAGCAGUGAGCGCCUAGCAUGGCGCUGCGGGAUUUUCAUCAAUUUCCCCGGAGUGACCUUCAGCCACAGCCGAGUGCCAUCGCGGCGGCUCUCGCCCUUGGGGCGAUUCCGGCGUGGCGGCUACGGCUUGGGGCGCCCGCACGAAAACCAAAAGGGCUCCGCGUGUGUGUCGGCUUGGCCGGGGGCAAAAAGGAAGGCGGCCGCGCGACCUGUCUUGGUUGCCCGUGGGCAUACAGUCCCUACCCUGCGGGUGGUUUUUGAUCCGUCGCGCAGCUCGCCGCACGUAGCAUACCAGCGGCGGCGUUGUCGCCUUGUUGAAAAGCCUUCGGGCUUUGUGAGGCCCGUCCACAGGUCGGCUUCGUUUCCGUCUCGCGUCGGUUGCUGGCGCCGGCGCUGCUCUCCUUUUAGUCCUUUUAGUGACUAUGCGGGCCCCCUCCACCCCAAAUAUUCAGUAUGCCGCCCUGAUUGCGAAUAUGUGGGGUGGUAUAGCCCCACAUAUUUGCCAUACCCCCCGGCAUAUUCACUAAAAGGACCCUGCGGCGCUCCUGUUUUUCAUCCCUUCUCAGGGGUCAACAUCUCCGGUGCCUGAUUGACAACUCUCGGACUGUACAAUAAAAGGCUCAUUAUUCUUCCUAGUUCUAUACCUCGGUUCUUAUCCGCGGUCGUUUGAUGCAUUUUUUUGAAAUCAGACGGUCGGAACCAACAGAACGGACAGCACGAUAGAAUUUCUACUGUAAAAACUUUACGACGUCUUUGCGUCAGCUUCGCCAAAGAAGAACCUCCUGGGAUGAUUAUGCUUAUCAACGAUGAUGAAUUUGAUUCUGCUAUGCGCACCGGCCCGAGCUGGCGAAACCUAGUCAGCCUCGGGGCGGAUGUAGUUGUCCUACAUGUCGUGUUGUAAACACUUUUAUUUUUUCGUCCGAGCUUGAAAGGCAGUAGAUCCUGCCUUCUUGUGCUUCUAGAGCUGUAGUUUUGAAGAUGCCUCGAGCUGGACUUCUUGGCUCGUCGUCACAAGUUUUCUAAAUAGGGCAAAAAAAUAAAAAUAGAAGGGGUAGAAUUUUUUAUCAAAGCAAGACUACUGUGCUUUUUUUUCUUUUUCUUGAAUCGAUUCCACCGCGCGGCCCCGAUAUAAUAGAGACCUAGUACUAGUACGACACUUCUUAUAGCUGCAACCUUCGCUUUUUCUGGGGGGGUUCUUCAGAUUCUCAAUUGCUUUUUGCGAUUGCCUAUAGCUUCUUUUUGAUUCAGCUCUCAGUUGUAUUGAAGUCGAUGAGGGCGAUGAUGUAGCGAAUUUUUGUACCAAGUUAGUUCCGGAAUCUGUACCUGCAGAAUCACAGCCGCAAGACCCGCAUGGAGAAUCGGACGUAAUAUGUCCUGGACAAUGUCGUGCAUCCUUCCAUUGCAAAACCCUCCUGUUUCUAGUAUAAGUCGUCCAAUAAAAUAGAAGGCCACAAGGAGAAGGUUUGUACCCCGCUUACUACGUACAUCAUGAACCCUGUUGUACUAGCGCAUGUCCAUGCUUGAUAUUGACAAUUCUCGCUACGAAUAAAAAACAGAGAAUACUAGUACCAGCUGAUACCCUCCAGCAUAAAAAGAGCCUUUGCCACGGGAAAAAAACUUCCACUUGGACGAGUAGAGUCACGACGACGGCGAAGUAUAGAAUAGGCGAGCGACAACAUCCAAAAGUAUGCAGCAGAGCAAUUUGAAUGCGUAGUAUGAAGCUCUCUUUCAAGAACUAAUUCGCUGCUUCAUUUUCAUCUGUAAAGCCUGGCCCGAUCUCGUCCUAUUGUUGACGUGCGGCCUUGGAGGUCCUCGAAACAAUCUAUCUACUGGUGAGGAAUCCCGAUAGUACCUGACAAACUAUCAGAUAUGGAGAUUCAACAUCUUAGCUUUUUAUCCAGUAGAUGGUGCAGGAAUUUAGACGUAGAAGUAGAUGAUGUUGGGCAAAGUAAGUUGUAACUCUUCCACACCGUACCCAUUUUUUUCCACCAGCAAAUGUAGUUUAUCGUGAAGAUGACCAGGAUGCUGGUCAACAUAGCAGCCUGAAUAGCUCAGCAGUAUUAAUAUCCACCAAGCCCAUUCAAAAUAUUGCUUUGUUUUAUUCAGGCUGGAAGCUGAGAAAACGAUCGACAAGUGCAGGCGGGCUGAAUUAUAAGCUGCACAACAACUACUAUGCAGUGACAUAGUACUGCAGCAUGUUGCACCACGACUGCAAAAACUACCCACUUACACGCUUUAACACGACCAAAUAUCGAUACGUUUAAUACUAUUUUGCUCCUGUACAUCAACGCAAACGCGAUCGAAGACUAUAAUUUAAGGCCACGACUAUUGGUAUUGAUGCAAAAAUAUGCAUAGACUACGUGCGGGAAAUUAAACGAAAAUGGUACGCAAAAAGAGAAAAGCAUUAAGAACCCCUAGAGAACGAAGUAUUGAUACUCGUUAUUGUUUCCAUGCUACUUCUACUUGCAGAAGAUGACAAAAGUCCGCCAAAGAUGAAUCCUAUAUCCCUGCCCAACAUAUGUACUUAAAGAAACAACUAAAAGCACAUGUACUUUGUUGAAGUUAGAACGAAACACUACUAUAAACGGUUCCGUUUCGCUUUCUCUACAAACGAAGACCUGCUUUAUUUUUUCGCAAAAAAUUUCAAGUACUGACACUGACUU